AAAUAAGUCCGUGGAAUAAUACAUUUCGUUUUAAGUCAUUACAAACCAUUGUCAGUAUGUUUAUAUUUGUAUUUAAACAAACCUGUAAUUCUCAAAACGUUUAUAUAUUUUAUAGAUGCCAUUUUCCUUCUUUAUUAAACAGGCAAUGAGAUCGUCAAAAGCAGAAGACUCAUAGAAAAAUGCGUGGUCCAUCGGAAUGACGUUUCUGCAGGGCUUUUAAAUCAGCUGAUUUUAUAAUGUCAAAAUAAAAGAUGAAUGAGCUGUCAACAGGCGACUAAUGUCAACUGGCAUUUUAUGAUAUUUUCAUCGGAUGCUGGUGUUAUGAAUUAUAUUGCUUUAUAGAUCGCCUGCCAUCAUGGACAAGAUUCUAGAGGCGCUGGUCAGCUCCUCUCACUCAGUCCCGGUGAAGAAGGCCAUCGUGAAGAAGGUAGUCGAAGCCGCAGAGAAAGAGGUCACGGCGGAGCAAUGUCAGGCCCUGUACACCCUCACCACUCGCCUCAUCUUCUUGGGUGAAGACGCCUUCCAAAAACAGGUGGGCUUCCAGGUGCUGGAGGCCUAUGCACGCUACCACCGUGCUGAUUUUGAGCUCUUCUUCAGCAAAGACUUUGUCCUGGGCCUGUUACAGCAGGGCUACGGCCCCCUGGACCGCAAGGACCCGGCCGUGGUCGACUACAUCCAUGGCUGCCUGCGGCUGCUGAUAAGCUGCCCCUCGGUGCUGGAUAUCUUCUCCAUCAUCCAGACAGAAAUCCUAAGGAUGGUGUGCGAACGCCCUGAGCCAGCCCUGUGCGCCCGUCUUUCCACCAUGCUCUCAGACUUCGUACAGUGCAUCCCCCGGGAGAAGGCGGCCAUUUUGUUCUGCCAGCAGUUGGUGAGGACCAUUGGGUACUUCCACUGUCCUGCCAGCCAGGAGCGGGAGCUGAGGGAGUACGUGGACCAGGUGACCAAGGUCAGCACGUUGCUGCAGAACAUCUGGAAGGCGGAGCCGGUCACACUGCUGCCAUCUCUGCAGGAGGUGUUCGCUAUAAUCUCCUCCACUGACCCCUCCUUCGAACCCUCCAUUGCCCUAGCCAGCCUGGUCCAGCACAUACCUCUCCAGAUGAUCACAGUUCUCAUCAAGAGCCUUACCACCGACCAGAACGUCAAAGACACCAGCAUGACUCAAGCACUCUGCAGGAUGAUUGACUGGUUGUCUUGGCCUCUAGCCCACCAUGUGGAGAUGUGGGUCAUUGCCCUGCUGAAGGGGCUGGCUGCAGUGCAGAAGUUCACCAUCCUCAUAGAUGUCACCCUGCUUAAGAUUGAACUGGUGUUCAACCGUCUGUGGUACCCCAUCGUGCGACAGGGAGCCCUCGUGGUUCUCUCCCAUAUGCUGCUGAGUUUCCAACACUCUCCUGAGGCCUUCCACUUGGUCGUGCCACACAUAGUGGACCUGGUUCAGAGUCUGAAGCAGGACGGCCUGCCCACCAGUGAGGCUUUCCUGCUGCACUUCACAGAGCUCGUCCACUGUAUGAUGUACCAGUACUCUGGCUUCCCUGACCUCUACGACGACAUCCUGGAGGCCAUCAAAGAGCUACCUGGGCCCGGUGAGGAGAAGAUCAAGCUGGUUCUGAACCAAAGUGCCUGGACGUCCCAGUCCAACUCGUUUGCCUCAGGCCUGCUGAGGCUGCCGGGCAAGUCUGAGACGGGCAAGACUGGCCUCAUCAACCUGGGAAACACCUGCUACAUGAACAGUAUCAUACAGACACUCUUCUCAGCCACCGAUUUCAGGAGGCAUGUCUUAUCGUUACGUCUGAAUGAUGCCACUGCCUACACACUGAUGAAGAAACUGCAGCUCCUCUUCACCUUCCUCUCACACACCCAGAGGGCAGCGUACUCCCCAGAGUCUUCUUUGACAGAAGUUAAAGAAUUCAUGUUCACUCGAAUGGGUGUUAUUGAAAAGGACAGCUCCAUUUAUUAUGCUGUUACAUUCAUUUGCAUGUUGUAUUUUUGGUUGAACUUUCUCUUGUCUCCUCGUGUUCUGUUGCCAAGGUUACACGAAGAGGAGAAAACCAUCCAGGUUCUCAUGACAGCCAAGCCAAAUGUCUCCCCUGGCAACGGACCGAGUGACAACACCGGGGGUGAAACCUCUGCGGAGGAUGCCAGAGUGUCACCCGUGGCCCCUGUGGAGGGGAAGUCUGAGGGUAAUGACGAGAGGACGCUCAUUGAGAGGAUGUUUGGAGGCAGGCUGAGCACGGGUAUCCGCUGUAUGACAUGCAACAGCAUCUCGGAGAAAGAAGAACCUUUCACUGACCUAUCCCUGGCUUUCUGUCCCUCCUCCACCUCCAGCCCUCUUCAGACCGAGGGCCCCUCAGAGGAACCCCGGGGCCCCUGCCAGGGGGCUGUCAACGGGGGCAGCGAAGCUCCCGAAAUAGGCCCUUCUCCCAAACCCGUCACGGCCUCCACCUCCGGCGUCCAUUUUGUUCCAGGGUCCAGCGAGCCACCGCUGUCUGUUCCUGACCUGGUGGACUACUUCCUGGCGCCAGAGAUCCUGGACAAGGAGAACGCUUACUUCUGCCAGAAGUGUGGCUCGCUGCAGCGGGCGGAGCGGGGGUUGAGGGUGGUGGCAGCGCCCGAGUACCUCAUCCUCACGCUACUGAGGUUCUCCUACGACGCCAAGUGCCACGUGCGCCGCAAGAUCCUGGACAACGUCACCAUCCCGCCGCUCAUGAGACUGCCCGUGCACGCCCCUCCACCCAAACACUCUUCGUCCUCUUCCUCGCCACCAUCCUCUCCACUCCAAGUGGACUCGCCCGAGAGCAGCGAAAACCUGGCCAAGAAACUGAAGCCGUCACAGAGAGAGGAGGAGGAGACUGGGCUAGAGGGCGACAACGGGAUGGCAGGAGGAGAAAGUGAGGUAGGGGUGUGGCCGGCGGCCCAGUUCGUUCCCUACGUCCUCAGCUCUGUAGUGAUGCAUUCUGGGAUGUCGUCGGAGAGCGGCCAUUACUACUCCUACGGCCGAAACCUCAACGGGGCCGACGGAGCCCAACACCACCAGGCCAAUCCCCUCGCCCUGGGGGAGGAGCCUGGGAACGGGCAGACUGAGCCCAUCGCACUCACUUGCUCCGGGGCGACUCAUCCCAAACAGGAAGUGGAGGUGUACGGAGGCCAGGCGGCCGGGGAUUGGCUGCUGUUCAACGACAGCAGGGUGACUUUUACUUCGUUGGGGUCGGUUCAGAACGUCACCAACCGUUUUCCCAAGGACACGGCCUACGUGCUGAUCUACCGGAAACAGGAUGUUACCGGGGGGGCAAAACAGUACCGGGGGAGUAUGGCCAACGGCAUGAGACUUGGCUCUGAACCUCCGCUGCAGAAAGAACUGAUGGACGCCGUCACCAAGGACAACAAGCUCUUUUUACAGGAACAGGAGCUGAACGCGCGGACCCGAGCUCUCCAGGCGGCCUCUGCCUCCUGCUCGUUCAGGCCCAACGGAUCAGAUGACAACGAACCCCCGGGCAGCUGUGGUCCCUCGGGGGGAGGAGGAGGUGGGGGGUUCAACACUGUCAACAGACUGGUCUUCUGAUGGAGGAGGGACUGGGAAGAAUGAGUGAGAGACAAGUAAAUAUAGCACUGAAAGACCACUGGACUCUAUAUAUGAGAGACAUGUACAGAGAAGUCUGGUUGGCUACUCAUCCAGUGGAUGGUGAAGCACAUAUGAACGUAAAGAGAGAGAGAGAGAGCGCUGAAGAUCUUGGAGGGAGCACUUGAAUACUACGCAUAAUGUACACGCCCACAUGGACUUAAAUCCAACACAUCACUGAACUCAACCUCACAGUGAGGGUCUUACCUCUCAUGUCUGGCUCUGUCGUUUUAUUAUCAUCCAUAACUCACAACUUUCUGCCUCGGGACAAGCUAGACCUCAACCUUUUCUGGUUUGUAUGCAUUUCUUUCUUUUUUUCAAGCGGUGGGUUUAAUUUUUGAUAAGGAGAUUCAUUGAUGUGUACUUGUCAGGUAAGACAUUUUCAUAUGCAAUAAAAUGUACAGAUAUGGGUGUGAAAGUAUAUUCAAUAAACAUGGAAUAUGAUUAACUAAUGCCAUGAAUACUGUAUACAAAAAGUAUAAGAUGCGAUUAAUCUUUUAAUACAAAUUUUGUGUAUUUUUGCGUGAAAACAAUUGCAUGCUGAACGUUUGACAACGUUUUUAAGGUGGGGUUAUGGUUACUAACAUUUACUCUUUUAAUUAAGUUAUUCAUUCAGGGAUACUUUUUUUUUGUGCAGAUUUUGUGCCUUUUUGUUAGAUACUAUUAAACCAGAUUUUACAUGCAGAAUUUGACUGGAAAGACACAAACCUCAGCCUUGCUGUACAGUGUUUUUUUAAAGUGAUCUACAAUACACGAUUUCCCCAAUAUUAAAGAAGAAUUGCUGAAAGGG